CUGUUCCCGCACUUUCCCCCGAUCUCCCGCUAUUUCGUCUUCCGAAUCCCGUCUUCCCAGCUCCCUUCCAUCCACAGCGCCUCCUCUUAGCCCAGGGUUUCUCCGAUACCGAUCCCAGCAAAUCCCAUUAAAUCGCCGCCGCGAGAAGAAUCCAAUCGAGAAGAGCAGCAGGGGAAGAAGGAGAACCAGCCAUGAUGUUCUCGAGCCAGCUCGACGCCUUCUCGCCAUCGCAGUUCACCUCCUCACAGAACGCCGCCGCCGACUCCACCACCCCCUCCAAGUUCCGAGGCGCGUCGAGCACGACGCCGCUCACCGUCAAGCAGAUCGCCGACGCGCAGCUGUCCGGCAGCGGCGACAAGGGCGCUCCUUUCGUCGUCGACGGCGUCGAGAUAGCCAACAUUAGGCUCGUAGGGAUGGUGAACGGCAAGGCGGAGAGGGCGACGGAUGUGUCCUUCACGCUAGAUGACGGCACCGGCCGCCUCGAUUUCAUCCGAUGGGUGAAUGAUGCUACAGACUCUGCUGAAACUGCUGCUAUUCAGAAUGGCAUGUAUGUCGCUGUCAUCGGUACCCUCAAGGGACUUCAGGACAAGAAGCAUGCCACUGCUUUCUCAGUCAGACCCAUAACUGAUUACAACGAGGUCACGCUGCAUUUCAUUCAGUGUGUGCGAAUACACAUAGAGAACACAAAAUCAAAGGUUGGCAGUCCCGCAAAAACUAAUUCUGCUAUAGGAACCUCACUCUCCAAUAGUCUCAGCGAAGCAACCACUCCAACCUCUUUGAAGUCCCAAGCACCAGUGACCAGUGGAACAGAUGGAUCGGGGACUGAUGAUUUGCACACACAGGUGCUGAAAAUUCUCUGCGAACCAGCGAAUGCCGAGAGUGAGCACGGGGUGCAUAUUGAUGAAAUUACCAAGCGGUUCAAACUACCUGCCGAAAAGAUCAAGGAAGCUAUCUACUACAAUGUCGAUAUUGGGCACAUCUACUCAACGAUUGAUGAUUUCCACUUCAAGUCAGCAUUAGUCGACUGAGUUUCUAGGUGUGUCGCCACUUGCUGGCGUCCUUCGAUGUUUAGCAUAACAGUAAAGAUGAUCGGGGUGUGUUACUUUAAAUGUGUGUUGAACUUGAUUGUAUGAGUUUGAUGUCUCAUCUAUUAUAAUUAUGCUUCAUCUAGUGAAAUUAUAAUCUGCGUGUCUCUUGUGCUA